AACGAGUGACGUCGUGACGGUGCGCGUCGCGACCGAGAACGAGCGAGCGAGAAAGAGAAAAAAAACAGACAGAGAGAGAUAGAAGGAGCGACGGAUGUUCUCGGCGAAAAUGGCGUAGUCCAGCGAGUGUCGCGACGUUGAAGCGACGUUCCUCGCGAUUGGUAAUACGGCCGAGGUGCCAAGUUCCGAGUAAAUGCCGGGCAGUCAGAAACAGUGCCGUGGCAGCAGCGAGGCAGUGACAAUCGCCAAGGUUCGCGAUACGAAAGGAGUGAACGAAAGAGUUACGGCUCUACCUUUUUUAUUCCAUUAAUACAGUGGUGAAUUAAAAUGGAGUAAAGGGCGGAAGAGGCAAGGGGGGGGAUUCGCGUGGUCAAUAAGCAAUCGUGUGAUCUCGCGGAGUGUUUCUAUGCUCCGUCAAAGAUGCCCGACGUUCGCGACAAACGGCGUUAUUUGCGAUCCUUUCUUGUUUACCUUAUUGAACCGUUUCGAACCAAGAGCGUCCUCGAAUGACAGACCGAAAUCUGUGCUUUUAACACUCGACGACAACGACGACGACGACGACGUAUCGUGUGAAUCGUACCUGCUGUGAAAGUGAUAAUCGUUUGCGACGCGCCGUUUGAACCGUUAUUUUAAACCGUCGAAAACGCCGUCCUGACGCCAGUUUAUUAUAAUCGCAAUACGACCGAUCGGCGAUACCUACCGAUUAGUUUUACCAAUUACUCAGCAGCCCCGACGAUCGGACAACUGACAGAUUGACGACCUUGCAACAGGCUUAAGAUGGCGCUGGUUCUGUUUUGACGUACGGACUUGUCGCCUCGACGCCGUUCUUCUUACAAUCGAAACCAUCGACGACUGGAUUUUAUCACGGUUUUUGGAGUACCGAUUAUGAACAGAGGAUUCUACGUAGCCUGUGCACCGUACGUAUAUCCGCAAUGUAGCAGUGGCUCGACGGAAGGCGGAGUAGUCAGCGGAGGUGGUGGUAUGGACUGUCUGCCCCUCCGACCGGGACCGUUCCACUACCUGAUAAGCGAGCAGGCCAAGUCCCUGGUGGCGUUACAGGAGCUACAGAAUGAAGUCGGCGCCCUGCUCGAGUUCCGGGACCUCGUCAUCGAGACGUUCCCAAACCUACGGCACAAGAUGGCCGCCUCGGCGUCGCCCGCGUCUUCGGCGUCCGUGAUGUCGUCGACAACGAACAUUCCCCUACAGCCGUUGACGAGUCCCUCGUCGCGUCGUAUCGCCGAAUGGGAACCGGGACGAGUGAGGCGACGAGCGCCGAGGGAGGGCGAAUCCUCCUCGUCUCUACCCCGGAGCCGGAGCAACUCCCACAGCGGCGGUAACAAGCACAGCGCCACGGUCCAGGACUCCGGUUUCAGCACGGAGACCUCCUCCAAGGACAGCGCCUCGACGGCCAUUCCGCGACCUCCGAGCCCCCGGCCGGUACUCGACGAGGCCGAGGACGAGCUGUGGAACCUCCUCGACGUCAUCCAUAGGCGGGGAACGCGGCUACGCGAGGAAGUCGAGUGCCUCCAGGGGCGGCUCGAGAGCGCGGCGCCCGAGGAACUCGGCCUGUCCGACGACGUUCUCGAGGCUGUCAGAAAGGUCGCCAGGCCCGAGGAGUCGGCCAGGAUCGAGGACGACGACAAGGUUCAGGUGACGGCGUUACGCAGAGAGAAGGAACACCUCAUCGACAAGGUGACCGAACUGGAGGCCGAGACGAUAUCGAGUCGGGUACGGGCUCAGGAACUACAAUCGGAACUCGAGGCCUUGGCCGCCCUCAGAAACGGCCUCGAGGAUCGCCUCAGGGCCGAGAUCGAGUCCAAGAGAGAGAUCCUCCACGCACCCGGACCGCAGAGGAUAGUGACCGACAGUCCACCACCCAUAUCGUCACCGAAAUCACCCGGGGAUAUCAGAAGCAACGUUUCCGCAUUCGCCUGCGUUGGUUCCGCGAGCAAAUCCCAUAAGAAUAGAUUUCGGACGAGGACCAUUGAGAAAAAUGUAAUCGCUAAUAUUAAUAACCAGGUUAGCUACAAGGAAGCAUCUAGGAACACGGACGAUGAUAUUCCCAAGUCUAACGACGACGCGAAUAGGUGUCGACUCGGACGGUUGGACUCUGUACUUAUAUCGCCCAAGGAUCUUCGACGGCCGAAAAAUGUUGAUUCGAAAAAAAUUGUCGCCAUUUUACACGAGCAUUCGCCAAUUGAACUUCAGCGACACCUUAUCACUACCACCGUCCAUAAUCAGACUCUGCAAGAGCGACUGAACGACGCUGAAAAGAAUUCUGAAAUUCUCACGGAUCGCUUAGACAAAACGCGAGAGGAGAACGAUGACCUCCGAUUUCAACUUGCAGAGAGAAAUAUCGAGCUGGAAGGAACGCGGGCCCGAGUACGGGUUCUUGAGCGUUUUCAGCAUCGACCGCCGACAGAAGUCGAUCUUAACGACAGCGACAUCGAGACGGCCAGAGGUAGCGAUCAGGGCUGUCUUGAGCCCGGCAGCAGUACGGAAUCGGCGAGAGAUCACCACCAGGAAAUGGUACCAUCGCCUCGUCGUCGACCCAGUAGAAUACCGCUUCCCGGGGCGAAGCAAACGGCUCCAAAACCGCCGACCCACGGCCGGAACAACAGCAGAGAAUCCUUGAAGUCUCUUACGAGACAGCCGAGGGAUUCGAGCCGUGACAGUCUCGGUGGGAAAUCAUUUUCAAAAACGAGAGACUCGAGUCGCGAGUCGUUGAGUAACAAGAGUUUACCGAGAACAACGGGCAACGCCGGAAGUGGAAGUAGAAGUGGGAAUUUGAACAAUAGUAUUAAUAACAAGGAUCAAACUGCUUCGGCCAGCAAGGAUUCCCUAAACAGAUCUUUGCCUCGGCAUAACAAUUAUAACUGCAGCCCGAACAGCCGUGACUCUUUGAACAAAUCUUCCUCCUCUUUGUCUCGCGGUUCUGUCGGCAGGGAGGCGAGAGACUCUCUCGAGUCCGGUGGGGUGCAGAACGUCGUUAAUUCACCGGGAACUCCUCCGCGGCGUCCACCCGCGCCUGCACGUCGUGCCCACAGUCUUGCACGUCCCUCCGUUGAGUCUGACACAGGAAAGGGAUUCACCGAUCCUCCGAGCUCUUGGUGUUCUACGAGCGGCAGCUUCAGGCACAGCGAAUCUUCCUUGUACCCAGAUUCUUUGAACCAAGAGACAUCCUCGGUAACUGGAUCUACCCGCGUUGAAUUUAUAUUAGGAUCACCGACGCGACACUUUCGCACGAGCUCUGCUGUAUGGCCGCCAAGAUAUUUCGAUAGCAUUGAUUCGGCUGCUUUAAUCGCAGAAAGUCUUACUACAGAUGAGUUUCCGUUAAGACGAGGCGAAGCCCUCGCCGAGUGUGACUCCCUCGAGAGUCACCCAAUUUCCAGCGAUGCUUAAUUUAUAAAUAAUUAUUUAACAUCAUCGCAUUUAUGCAUGUAUUUAUUUUUAUUUUUUGAUGAUGAAACUUGUGAGCUUGAUUACUUGAAUCGAUUCCAUCCUGUCUAUACGUGCGUGUAGAAAUUUGUUACGAAUUGACUAAUUGCAGUUAUAAUAAUAAAUAUAUGAUUAUGACUUAUCGAGUGAUGUAGAGAGUGAAAAAGAAAUUGAUUUUCACCAGUAACAAGCCAAAAUCAAUUUGACGCUGUUAUAAAUUGUAAGCAAUUGUUUGUAUAUAUUAUACAUAUUCUUAGUAAAAUUAUUAUUAUUACUAUUAUUUUCGGUUUGUUAAUUUAUUAAGCAAUAUGUCAAGAAUGGAUUUGCAUCGCAAAUCUUUCAUUACUUGGUCUACUUUUGGUAGCUAAUCAUUGCUGGUUUAAAGAGAUUCUAAACUGGGCACUGCGAGACACAGUUGGAUUUAAACUUUCCGAGUAAAACUUAACUUUUUCGAAGAAUAACAUAUUAAAUCGGAUCUCACGCGAUUCAUUUAUUUUAAUGUUGAAUCGUAGUGAAUAAUAUUUUGUUGAACGAUAACAAUUUUUUGUUGUUAGAAUACGAAAAAAAAAAAAACUAAGAAAUAUCCAACUUGAAUGGAAUUUGUUUACAUGAAAUUUUACUCCGAAAGUUACU